AUGGCUCCUCCAGGCCACAUCCUGCUCCUGCUUUUGCUCCCAGUGGCUGCAGCUCAGACAACCCCAGGUCCCUGCUCCAGAUGUGGUCCUCUUACCCUGCCACUCCUAGUGGGCCUUGUGGCCGCUGAUGCAGCCAUGUCACUUCUAAUCGUGGGGGUGGUGUUCAUGUGUGCAAGCCCAUCCCACAAACCCAUGCAGGAAGAUAACAAAGUCUACGUCAACAUGCCUAGAAGGGGCUGA